AUGUCCCAGGUCGACUACAUAUCCCACCAUCCCAUUAUCAUCCAAGACCCCAAACUAGGUCGUCUCAAAGUCCAUAGUUACAGCAAAAGAAACAAGAAAAGCAUCAUGCAUCAACUGCGGAAUUACAAAGGGAGAUAG